CCGAACAGCAAAAAGACAGUUCCCCAACAACAACGGAUAGAUAAAUAAAGGCCCCUCAGCCAACGAACUCUAACAGCGCCACCAGCUUUUGUAUUUUCAUUUUGGAUACCAAAAGGGAAAAGGGGUUCAUAUAUAUUCAUUUGCAGAAAAGAGAAAGGACAACUCCAUGUUCUUUUCUCUCUCCAUUCUCACCUAACAAACAAAACCAAACUAAAUUCAUAAUAGUACAUAAUGUCUUGGCUGUUGAAGUCUCUGCAAUCCGACGUUCCUGAUUCGCCCACGUCGUCACCCGAUAACAGUCCCACCAACCGAAACGCCGGCGUCAAGGAGGACCUUUCGGUGCUCGGGGAGACUAUCGGUCGCCAACUACGUGGUGUCGCUGCCUUCUUAGCACCGCCUCCAUCUUCGCCGCCUUCCGUCACUGCCGCCGAGCGAGAACAACAGGAUCAGGAAAAAGAAGAAGAACAAGAGCAGCCGUCGGAUAAGCUCGUGGGGAUCCGCAACGAUCUGGCGGAGAUCGGUGGAAGCUUCAAGAGCGGGCUUUCGUUGUUAUCGAGUAACAAAGCGGUGACGGAGAUCUCCAGAUUCGCUUCCGGUUUCUUGCAGCUCCCAAGUCAAGAUGAUCAUGGUCAAAAUGAUGAUGAUGACGACGAUGACGACGACGACGACGGAGUUCCGGGAAUUACGGAAGAUGUGGUUGCAUUUGUUAAAGAAAUUUCCAACCGCCCAGAGUUCUGGACAGAUUUUCCUCUCUCACUACAUAACGAUUUCAAAAUGUCAGAGGCUCAGAGAGAGCAUGCUGAAAAUAUUGAACACUUAGUCCCGAGUUUUGAAGAUCUUAAAGUUAACCUUCAUAGUCACAUGGGAGACGAAAGAUUUUGGAUGAUAUAUUUCAUAUUGUUGCUUCCAAGACUGAAUGAGCAUGAUUUUGAGCUUCUAUCAACUCCUGAGGUUGUUAAAACUAGAGAUGCACUUCUGCAGAAGUUGCAAAACAAUAACAAUGCACAGGUUGCGAAUAGUAGUCUUGAUGCCUCUGAAGAGAGCAGCGAGGUUAGUGAGACAAAGCGAGAGAAUGUCUCCUCUGAGGAAAAGGUCAGUGAAAUCGUAAACGCAGCAGAAGGAUUAGAGAUUACCGAUGAAGAGAAUGCUGGGCAGUGGCUGGAAGAAGCAGAUAUUUCUAGUGGAAGUUGUGUGAGUGUGAAAAAAAACCUUGAAGAUGAAGAGGAUGUUUCGUUCAGUGAUCUGGAAGAUGAUGAUAAUUAUCUUUCUAAUAAAGUAUCAGUGCCUAAAUCGAAACAGGACAUCAAAGCUUCUUCACCUAGUGGUUCCAAUGACUGGGUUCAGCUGAACAAGAGUCCAGAAACUCGUGGCGGCUUACAGAAAGCAGGCCAAUCAAAUUCUCGAGAUAAAGAGUCUGAAGGUGAGGAGUCAAAUGACUGGCUCACUGACGAUGAUUUCGUCGACGUGGCUAGUGGCACCUGAGUUUCUGAUUUACUGUAAAGUUUCACAAAACAGUUUCCUUCCCUACCGUACUUGUGGAUCUCAACCUAUCACACAAUUGUGUUUAAAUUAAUAAUUCAAUAUCACCUCUGAAGUCGACAACUUUCAAUGCUGUUACUGUUAAUAUAUGUACAUAAAUUGAAACAUUGGUCUGUAAAUUUCCGACUAUAUGCGUUCUGCCUCCCUCUUUGUGCUUCUAAGAUUGCAAAAUACCUGUAAAUGGAAAAAUCAGUGUUGGAAUUGUUUA